ACCCAUGAGAUCCCCUUCUGCAGAGGGCAAAAAUUUAUGUUAGCGCAUAUCUUCAGAUCAUCCUAAGGGAAGUUUCCCAGACCAUCACCAAUAUCCCAUUAUGUAGCUCCAGUGGGACGUGAAUAAGGUACCAACUUAACUACCAACCAAGAAAAAAUGAGAAUAUAAUCACUGAAAUAUUUUCAUCUAGGGAUAUUUUAUGUUUUCUGGACAGCGAUGGGGUUUGCGUGAAUAACAUUCAGACUGAACGGUUUCUUGAAUUUAAUGUAGUGAGAAUAUGCCUUAAAUAAAUUUUUUAGUUAGCGAGUGUUUUUGAAUUGACCGUCACUCUGUAACUGUACCGUAUGUGCGAAACUACCGAUUGAAGUCGUCAAUGUGGCGAUUGUUUAUGUGAGGCAUCUUAGAAAGUAAUUUAUAAAAUUUAAAAAAUGAAAGUUAAAGGACAGUUGAAGGAGUAUAAAAUUAUUGGAAGGAAACUUCCAUGUGAAAAAGAAAAAAAUCCACCAUUAUACAGGAUGAGAAUAUUUGCACCAGACAAGGUUACUGCAAAAUCAAGAUUCUGGUAUUUCACCAGAAAACUUAAGAAAAUCAAGAAGUCUCAUGGUGAAGUUGUUUCUAUAUCUGAGGUUUAUGAUAAAACCCCCACUAAAGUCAAGAACUUUGGCGUAUGGUUAAGAUACAAUUCUCGAACUGGAACCCAUAACAUGUACAGGGAAUACAGAGACAUGACUGUGGCAUCUGCUGUAACUCAAUGCUAUAGAGAUAUGGGAGCCAAGCAUCGUGCCCGUGCAGAUUCAAUUCAAAUUUUGAAAGUUCAAGAGAUUGAGGCUUCCAAGUGUCGCAGACCUCACGUUAAACAGUUUCAUGAUAGCAAGAUUAAAUUCCCUCUGCCAUCAAGAAUCAACCGAAAAUUCCACAAGCCACGCUUCACAACUAUUAGGCCAAAUGCUAAAUUUUAAAAUUGUAUCAUAUUGAAACAAUAAAAGAAAAGGUGUUA